AUGGCACGUCCUGUGGAAGAGAGUAUGAAGUUCUCCCUCCAGAGUGUGAAAAUAUCCACUCAGAUUCGAAAGAAAAUGAUCGAUUCUGCCUAUUUGGACAAUGCAAACUUGACAUCUGUAACACUGACUCCCAAUUCUCGUCGUCCAUUGGUUUCGACUCAGCCGUAUGGAUAUGUGAGGGAUACCAGCGGUUUACGGUCUUUGGCUCAUCACUUUGAAUUGUAUUUUAACAGAAUGAACAAACUGCAAGAAUCCUAUAUAGAGCUCCAAAAGCAAUUAAAAGAUGAGCAGCAGCAGGUGAAGUCUGUGAGCGACUGUGAAGUGGAGCUGCGCAUUUGUUUUGACUCUGUUCCUCAGAUUUUCUUUGAUAGCGAUUUCGAUUUGUCAGAUCCGGUGAUGUUUAGCGUUGUGUUGGAUCCCAAUGAGCAUUUCAAAGUAGUGAGCUACAAACUUACCGGGUAUCUAGACCUUGUGGAGGUCUGCCUGAACGAGCAAAUCUCUAUUCAAUCCGACUCGCUGUUCGCAGCGAUCAAGCAACUUCAGGAGUUUCAAGUUCAUGUUUCAGAAACUUUGCAGGCGAUUCAUGGCUUAUCAGGCUCUAUGCAAGCGAUCCAGUCGCGGCAUACAAUUCCUCCUCUUCUAAUUCCUGUCUAUUUACGUCGCAUUCAGAAUCUUCGAAAGGUGCAAAAGAUCGUGCUGUUUUGA